AUGGAAAAGAAGGCAGAUCAGAUGUCAAAUGGUCACUUGGGCCCUACGCACCGCCAUGGCUCCUUUGCGUGGCAAAGCUAUCCGCUGACGCCGUUCAUUGAACGCCUCGACUGGGUUCUCGACAUCUUCUGCAACUUCCGUGGCGCAGGCUGGAACUGGCGUACCUCUGCUCUACCCCCGCCUCCCAAAGCCAUUCAAGAACAACUACACCGUAAUUCCUCAGACACAGCACCACCCAAGACCUCGAAUCGGAUCCAUCCAGGCCAAGUGCGCAUGUACUCCACACGCGCCGAACUCCUCCGCGCAAACCUCCAGACUUUCGUAAAAGGAUAUCUGAUGCUCGACUUCCUCAAGACCUUCAUGAUGCACGACCCGUAUUUCUGGGGCCUCGUGGACCGCCCAGCACCUGACUAUCCUCCGUAUUCAUUCUUCGCUUCGUCCCCAGCGCUCAUACACAUAACCCGUCUCGCGCUCUCCAUGCUCGGCGUCAAGACGGCGCUUCAAACCAUCUUUGCCCUGGGGCCUUUGUUCUUCAGUUCCCUCCUCGGCCCCGCUCUCCUCGGCGCCCGCGCAGAAGUCUGGAUGUACCCCGAGACAUGGGCCCCGUACUCCAUCGUGCUGGACAAGGGCCUGGCGGGAUGGUGGGGAAGCUGGUGGCACCAGACGUUCCGCUUCGCUUUCCAGGAGCCGAGUCGGAAGGCUAUCGAAGUGCUUGGGAUGGACAGGAAGUCGGCGUUGGCCAAGGCGGGACAGUUGCUGACGGCGUUUGCGAUGAGUGGGCUUGUGCAUGCAAGCGGCAGCUACACUUCCCCUGGAGAGACGUAUCCGUGGGCAAAUCCCUUUUUGUUCUUCAUGUUGCAGGCGGUGGGCAUUUUCGUCGAGGCGUCGGCAUCUCAGGCGUUCAGGAGGUUUGGUCGCAAUAUUCCCCAGUCGGUUAUGCGGAUUUGGACGUUUGGAUAUGUGCAUGUUUGGUUUUAUUUCACGGCGCAUCUGUUGUGCGAUGACUUUGCAAGAGGGGGCGUUUGGCUGUUCGAGCCCGUACCAGUCUCGGUUUUGAGAGGACUGGGUUUCGGCGCGGAUAAGAGGGAUGGUUGGUGGUGCUGGAAUGGGGUAUUCAACAUUGUAAGAUGGCAUAGAGGAGAGUCGUGGUGGACUACGGGUAUAGCGUUUUGA